GGAAACUUUCUCCUCCUCCUUAAGCCCAUCUGAACCAGUAGCAGCGAAGAAGACGACGACGACGACCACCACCGGCGAGGCGCAGGAAGCCAAAGAUAGCCAAAGCCGACGCCUUUGAAGGCAUUUCGCACUCCGACCGAACUGCAGGCAAGAACCCACGAUGAGAACCUCUCUCCUCUUCUCCCUCCUCCUCCUUCUCUUCUCUCUCCUCGACUCUGCCUCGUCCCAAUCCUCGGAACUCCCGACCUCGGCCCGACCCCUGUCCAGGGUCCACGCGGAGCUGACCGCCUACGGCUUCCCGGUCGGCCUCCUGCCCGCCCACGUCCGGGACUACUCCAUCAACGCCACCUCCGGCGACUUCUCCGUCGGCCUCCACGGCCCGUGCCGGCUCACCCUCCCCCCCGACAACUACCUCGCCGCCUACUCCGAGAAGAUCAGGGGGAGGAUCGUGAGGGGCCGGAUCGCCGGGCUGGAGGGGAUCCGGGUCAGGGCCUUCUUCCGGUGGUGGUCCAUCACCGGGAUCAAGUCGAGCGGCGAGAACCUGGUCUUCGAGGUCGGCGGCGUCAGCGCCAAGUACCCUUCCAAGAAUUUCGACGAGGCCCCUGCUUGCAAGGGAGGGAAGCGAGCUUCCUCUUGAGCUGUGUGGUUCUCUAAUCUCCAAGGUUCGGGUAGUAUGUGUAUGGACUGUCAAGAAGCCUGUAGGAGAUUGAGAGAAAUUGGCCAACAAGAUUUGAGUAGUCGACGUAUGUUUUAUCAGGUUAAUGUUAAUGACUAUUUCCUCUUAUCUGGGGAUGCUUGCUAAUACUUUUAUGAUAAAUUCCAGUAUCAUUUACUAGUUGAUGCAGGUAUAAGAAAAAAAAACGCUAGUAUGUAUGUAUAUUUUGGCUAUGACUCGUGCUCUUGUUUGCUAGUAGAGAUAAUAAGAUAAUGACUAUUCUGUAAA